UGGCCCACUCCGGGUUUCCUGUCUCGAAGGUCCCGUCCCUUUCAGGAGCUCAGAGACUCGACAGGAUGGACGAGAGCGGGACCUACGAGAAAAUGCGGUUCACAGGAACGGACACACAAGCUCCUUCGGGAGCUGAACCGGAUGUAUCGUACGUGCAAAUGAAUGUCACGGCCACCUUGGCGCCCCGGGUCCGAAGAGAGGAAGUUGGUCUGAGCUCCACCUACGCAGAGGUGAAAUUUCCGAACGACGAGCACGUCAUCGAUGAGGAUCAGGCUCCUCCCAUUGCCGCAGGACUCCGCAAGCUGCCAACCAAUGCACAACCAGCUGCGCAUGAACAGCAUCCGAAAGGAAAGAUCGGAAAUAGACCGGACAGUCUGAUCUGCCUACUCUGCCUUGUUAUGUCCGCCUUCAUCGUGACUGUGGCCGGUCUCUCGAUCCAUGUGUCACAGAUUCGUCAGUCUAAGGAAACCAGCCACCGAAACUACCAUCAGUUAAACUCAUCCCUUCAAUUCAAGCUUUCAGCGGUCAAAUCUAAUCUGUCCGAUCUCCGUCACCAGAUAUGUGAAUUACUCAAUUUUCAGGACUUCCUCUCUCUUCCAACCCAGGUCAUUAAUCCCUACAUGGACCACGACAUCCGGCUGCUCACCCUCCAUCGUGAGCCCGAGAUAUCGCGGACCCUGGAACGAGGGAGGCAAUGGACGAUCUGA